CAACCAUAAGAAAACCAGAAAAACCAAGAUGGCGGUGCAAGAGACAGCAUCUCAACUGUCGAUGGCUCUCAAAGUCCAAGAAUAUCCCACCCUGAAGGUGCCGUACGAGACUCUGAACAAACGUUUCAGGGCAGCCCAGAAGAACAUCGACCGGGAGACGAGUCACGUGACAAUGGUUGUGGCAGAGUUGGAGAAGACGCUGAGCAGCUUCCCUGUGGUCGACUCCGUAGUGUCACUGCUGGAUGGAGUGGUGGAGAAACUCAGCGCCCUGAAGAGGAAGGCUGCAGAGUCCAUCCAAGCGGAGGACGAGAGUGCCAAGCUGUGUAAGCGUCGCAUCGAGCACUUGAAGGAGCACAGCAGCGACCAGCCGGCCUCCGUCAACCUGUGGAAGAAGAAACGCAUGGACCGCAUGAUGGUGGAGCAUCUGCUGCGCUGCGGCUAUUACAACACAGCUGUUAAACUGGCCAGACAGAGCGGUAUAGAGGACCUGGUCAACAUUGAGAUGUUUCUCACAGCUAAGGAGGUGGAGGAGUCUCUGGAAAGGCAGGAGACGGCCACUUGCCUCGCCUGGUGCCAUGACAAUAAGUCCCGCCUUCGCAAGAUGAAGAGUUGUCUUGAGUUCAGUCUGAGAAUCCAGGAGUUCAUCGAGCUCAUCAGACAAAACAAACGCAUGGAUGCAGUCAGACAUGCAAGGAAGCAUUUCAGCCAAGCGGAGGGUGGACAGUUGGAUGAGGUUCGGCAGGUGAUGGGCAUGCUGGCCUUCCCAUCAGAUACACACAUCUCCCCAUACAAGGAUCUUUUGGAUCCAGCCCGCUGGAAGAUGCUGAUCCAGCAGUUCCGAUAUGACAACUACAGACUGCACCAGCUGGGAAACAACUCUGUGUUCACUAUCACCCUACAGGCUGGUCUGUCUGCCAUCAAGACGCCUCAGUGCUACAAGGAGGAUGGUACCUCAAAGAACCCAGACUGCCCAGUGUGCAGUAAAUCCCUCAACAAGUUGGCCCAACCGUUACCCAUGGCCCACUGCGCCAACUCCAGACUAGUCUGUAAGAUCUCUGGAGAGGUCAUGAAUGAAAACAACCCUCCAAUGAUGCUGCCUAAUGGAUACGUCUACGGCUACAAUUCUCUUCUGUCCAUCCGCCAAGAUGACAAAGUGGUGUGUCCCAGAACCAAAGAAGUCUUCAACUUCUCUCAGGCUGAGAAGGUCUACAUCAUGUGAUCACUCAGAUGACCCGUCUGAGUAUUAACAUGAUCAAAUACGGCCCCGUCGUUCAUCACCUGUGACCGGGCCUACUGAGAGAGCCACCUGUGGAGAGCUGUGAUCCAGUGCCCCCCCCCCUCACAGACGCAGCCGGCAUUUCCCACAACCCCCCACCCAAAACAUGAUCAGUGCAAGUUCGCCAGUUCUCUUCCCCUCCCUCCCAUUUUAUGACACAGAAACUGGGAUCCUCUCCUUUGAGACUCUGGUUUUAGAUGGGGCUAAAGAACAAGAAGUUGAUUGAUCUAUUCAAGCACAGGGACUAUCCACAUUGUCAUUAUCAAACAACAAAAAAAGACUGAUGGGGUGGAAAAACUGCUCAGUAGUUAUUUUAUUACAACAAAUAAAAACCUGUUGGGGUUACUUUGACUUUUCACUAGUGGUGUUCCUUUGUUACAAAAAAAACAAACGUGUGCAGUGUUAACUCACUCCAUUAACCAGAUUAACACAAGAUUUUGGCCUUUUUAAAGGCAAACAUGGCUGGCCUCCUGGUCACGUGGUAGCAUUUCAUUCUGUGAUGCAUGCGGUUGACAUCCUUUGUCUUCUAGCCAUGUUUUUGGUGGCUUUGGGGGAGGUAUAUGUUAAACGCCUACUGUUUAAACUGCCUAUCUUUUGCAUUUCAUCCCCCCUCCUUUUUUAGGGUUUGGGCCGCAGUUUGGCUCCUUUUCAAAUGUAAAUAUUAGUUGGGAAUCCAUCAUCCUCAUGUUUAAAUUCGGGGGUUUUGGGGACAAGUAACGACAACAAAGAUCAUCCUUUUGCUAAGAUGCUCUGAACUGAACACGUCUUUUCUUGGGUGUUGUAAACCUGAUAUAACCAACAGUAUCCUCAAGUUAACUGGUUGUUCAGAAAAACGUCUCAUCUUUAAGGACGCUGAUAAUAAUAAUUGUGGUGUAUUUACUUCCAUAAUUAAAUUUACGCAAUAUUACAAACAGGACAACCAUUUUGGAUGUGUUUUUUUUUUUUUCUCAUUAUUAUUGAACAAAUUGUCUUCCUUUUUUGUGUUUGAGGUUUGCCAUUUCUCCAAUUUCUCUAUUUUUUUCUUCAACUAAACGAGAGUGCAUAUCAGUGAAUUUAAGGAUACUUUUUUUCUGUUUUAAAGAUGAAGCCCUGGCUGCUUUUUAUUAAAUUAAACACUUCUCAAAUAGUUUUGAUUUCAUAACAAUUUUUCCACCAUUUGAAGAAGACAAUAAAGAGAAAGGCAGUGCUGAUAUUUUUUCUGUCUUAGGCUGUUGAAGUCUUCUCUACGGGGUUUACGUAGCAUAGAGGUACACCAACUGAUAACACUUUACGUAGUUAAAUGCACACAGUACUUGCCUUUUUAUUUUAGAAAGUAAAAGGCAUGAAGAGGCAGAAUCAAAAACCUUGACUAGGCUGUUGGUUGAGGGUCAACUUUUGGCCAUCUGAUAACAUCACUCAUCUAUGACUUUGAAAACCUGUUAUAGAAGAUAGAUGGAAUAUGAUUAGAUUAGGAUGUUCACACAUUUUGGACUUCACUGAAAACAAAUGGCCCUUAAAUUGUGAAAAUGUAACCCUAAACAGCAACACGAAGCAGUCCAAAAAAAAAAAAAAUGCAGUUUUAUGUUAAACAUGAUCAAUCUGUGGUUAUUCAUUUCUUCCUUGUGUUUUCUUGACAAACCAAAAGUUGCCUCAUUUGUGUCCAUACAUGAUUUGGAACUGUAUCUGUAAUGACACAGACUGUCCAGUGUAUUUGUGUCGGUAGAAUAGAUAAAGGGAUUGUUUCGUGAGCAUACUGCCUCAUAAAGAUUUCAGUGAACUUUGA